AUGCCUCCAGACGUCCUUGCCGCCACUGACUAUAAGGAACAGGACCUCCCGGCUUUGGUGGAGGAGACCUUCUUAACGCAGAAGGGAAUGUUCCUGGACGUCCUCCUGUCGCACAAGGCGAGGGAGGAGGCUGCAACUAAGAAUGAGACUUCGGAGACGGCGACAACGACGAAUCGCACCACGUUACCGCGGAUUCAGCUGCCGGAAUUCUCAGGCAAAUACGAGGACUGGCCGUCGUUCCGCGACCUCUUCCACUCUCUCAUAGGCCGGGACGCUAACACGACGCCGGUGGAAAAGCUGCACUACCUCAAAACUUCCUUGAAAGGUGAGGCUGAGUUAUUAGUCCGGAAUAUCGCGACGACGGCCGAAAAUUAUAACAGUGCGUGGGACGUAUUGAAUGCGUAUUAUGAGAACAAGCGACUUCUCACCCGCGCGUAUCUGUCCAAUUUCCUUGCGCUAACUAAAAUGAAGAGUGAAUCGGCGGUCGAGCUUCGAAAGAUUUUCCACGGCGUCAAAGCAACGGUCAGCUCGUUGGCGAGUAUCGGUCGGCCUAUAAACCGUAGCGAGGACUUAUUCGUUUAUCUGGCGGUCGAGCUACUGGAUCCGCGUUCGCGACGCGAGUGGGAAACGUCAAUCGGCGACACGACCGAGCCUCCGACGUAUGCGACUCUCGAGCAAUUCCUGGAUCGGCAGCUGCAUACGCUCGAGUCGAUGCAGCCUGCUAAGGUCGACGGAGCCGCCGGUAAGGCCGCGAGCGGAGCCGCCAAAUCCGCGCGGAGCCACCUCGCUCGGAAGCAGGAGGGAAAUCCGGACGCCAAGCGAGGUCGUUGCCACUGCCGCCAAAAGGACCAUAUCCUCAUGUUCUGCGAGGACUACAAGAGGAAAACAGCCCAGGAACGGAAGCAGCUCGUCGACAACAAGAACCUGUGCCUGAACUGCCUCGGUUCUCACAAGGUCAGUGAGUGCGCGUCGAAGAAGGGGUGUGCAGCGUGUGGCGCGCGACACCAUACUUCCGUCCACGAUGCGUGUCGCGAGGUCGAGGUCACGAAGACGGUUCACGCGGCUCAAAGACUUGCCGUAAAGCCGAGCGCGGUGCUCCUCGCCACCGCUCGCGUUCGCGUAGCCGAUCGGUUCGGAACCUUGCAUCACGCUCGCGCGCUGGUCGACCAGGGAUCGGAGUCGUCCCUUGUGACCGAGCGCCUCGCGCAAAGAUUAAAGUUACCGCGUUCUCGCACGUCGGUUUCGAUAUUCGGCGUCGGCGGACAGAAAACGGCCGUCGCAAAAGGACGCGUAUCGCUGACUCUCGCGCCGCGAACCGACGGCCCCGCGAUGUCGGUCUCCGCGCUCGUACUCCCCCGGCUCACAAUAUACGCCGGCGGUAUCGAGGCCGGCGCUGAAGCGUGGUCUCAUCUUCGGGGUCUGGAGCUGGCGGACCCCGAGUUCAGCGCGUCCGACUCGGUGGACAUUCUCCUCGGUGCCGACGUUUACGCGGAAAUAUUGCAAGAGGGACUUCGCAAAGGGGGUAGUCGCGAGCCCGUCGCGCAAAACACGACUCUUGGCUGGAUUCUGUCUGGCGCUAUCGGUGAAGGUGCUUCGAGUCACUUCGCGCAAUCCUACCAGUGCCGUGUCGAGGACGAACUGUCGCAACUAGUGAGGCGAUUUUGGGAGCAGGAGGAGGUUCCGUCGGCUGCCGGACCGCUCUCGAAAGCCGAUCAGGAGUGUGAGGAACAUUUCGCGCGCACACAUUCGCGUAAGCCCGACGGGCGCUACGUGGUGCGACUCCCCGUCGUCGAGCCGAUGCCGAAUCUCUGUGGUACGCGCCGCGCGGCCGUUCGCGUGAUGAAGGCCAUGGAAGCGAAGUUCGCGCGGGAUGCUUCCUUCCAUGCGCUGUAUACCGAUUUCAUGCGUCAAUACGUCGAGCUCGGGCAUAUGACGCCGGUCGAUCCUCCGGCCGAUCCGGCGAAAAUGGCCGUCUGCUAUCUGCCUCACCAUGGAGUGAUGAAGGAAACCAGCACGACGACGAAAUUGCGAGUCGUCUUCAACGGUUCUUCCGCGCUGCCGACGGGGGCGGCGCUAAAUAAGUAUCUGCAGACCGGGCCGAACUUGCUGCCGGCUUUGGCAGAGAUCUUACUCCGUUGGCGGCGUCACCGGUACGUUUUCGCGGCGGACAUAGAGAAAAUGUACCGGCAGAUCGAAGUCCACCCGGAAGACAGGGAUCUGCAGCGCAUAGUCUGGCGUGAGAGCCCUAGCAAUGUGUUGCUGGAAUUUCUCCUAAUCACCCUCACGUACGGGCUUGCUUGUUCCGCGUUUCUAGCGAUUCGCACGCUCCAUCAGCUGGCCAAGGACGAGGGAGUUGAGUUCCCGCUAGGAGCUAUCGCCCUCCUACUGGAGACCUACAUGGACGACGUAUUGUCUGGCGCGGACACGAUCUCGAGAGCCAAAGAGAUCCGUCGUCAGCUGGACCGAAUCUGCAUGGCGGGCGGCUUCCCGCUCAAGAAGUGGUCGGCGAACGAGGCGUCGAUACUCGAUGAGGUCCCUCCUGAGGAUCGCCUUCAACGCGAGCCCCGGUGGUGGCUCCCGGGAGAGAGCCACUUGACCCUCGGGCUGCGUUGGCAUCCACGCGAAGAUCAGUUCGCCUACUCGACGCAACUGACCCAACUGGAGGCUAUUACGAAGCG